AUGCCUUCAUCAUGGGUUUCGUACCCAUCGAUAACUGCGCUGCCUGAGCACUGCGAACCUACGUCGCCUUUGUUAGCCACCAUAUCAUCCUUCCUCCGCAUAUGUCUCCCCACACCGCUUGCGUUACUUUCCUCGACGUUGGGCACCUUGAGUAUCGUCUCCUGGCUGUUCGCCCAGAUCCCUCAAAUAUACAAAAACUACAAGAUACAAUCGACGGCGGGACUAUCGGUCUGGUUUCUUGUCGAGUGGUGCUUGGGCGACACUGGUAAUUUAGUAGGAUCCGUUUUGACAAACCAGGCCGGGUGGCAGGUUACCAUUGCUGGCUACUAUGUGAUGGUCGACAUCAUCCUUGUCUUCCAAUACUACUGGUACACAUACAUAAAAGGAUGGCAGUUCUCGCGGUUUGGCUACAUAAGAGCUCGUGGGGAUGAUGGUGGUGAAGGGACAUGGGAAAGCGCGUUGCCCUCGGAAACCAGCUCGUGCUGCCAGAUGGCCGCGUCCUCCGCUGCGUCGCCAAUUGCCGCCAAGUUUGGCCCAGCGGAGACUGCCCAGAGCUUAGAUACGCUGCGAGGCAACUCCCUAUCGUAUGCGAACGAGAAACGGGGUUCUUCGAGUCGGAGUAUUCAGCGUACCGGAGGCAGUGGUAGUAGCCAGAUACCGCUCGCAUCGCCCCGCACCCUUUUAACGAUCACCAUGCUCUGUGUCGUUCUCUCCAACGCUGCCUCGAUACCAGAGCCGCACGCUAGACCCAUCACUCCCUCCCCACCGGGCACUGACGCCAAGGUAAUCGCCGGCCGCAUCGCAUCCUGGACUUCCACUAUCAUGUACCUCUGCUCCCGUCUCCCCCAAAUAUUCAAAAACCACCGUCGCAAAAGCACCGCCGGACUUUCACCUCUCCUCUUCUUCGCCGCCUUCUGCGGAAACUCCUUCUAUUCAACUUCCCUCCUCACCAAUCCGAACGGCUGGUACGACUUCCCACCCUAUGGUGGCGGGGGAUGGGCCGGCCCAGAGGGCAACGAUCGCUGGGAGUGGAUUGGACGCGCUGUUCCGUUUUGGCUUGGGGCUGCGGGUGUUCUGCUCCUCGAUGCCACGGUGGGCGUGCAGUUCUUGAUGUACUCGGAGAAGCAUGAUGAGCUGGUUGUCAAGGUCCCGGACGAAGGCAGAGGACGGAGUAAAUGGAAGAAAGUUACCGGUUGGAUGAGGGGCUGGAUCCCUUCGAUGUCCCCGGAGAGAGAUCUUUCUGCUGUUACGGCUGUCGUGGCAGCGGAGAAUCAAGCGUUAUUAGCGGCGCGUGGGAGCGAUAGAUAUGGUGGUGUUUGA